AUCGUUGGUCGAGGAGAUGAUAGUUGUUGAAAGGGAAGAAAAGAAGUUCUUAUUUUUGUCUGCUUCUUCAAUCAUUCUUUUCGUUAUCGUUUUCGUCGUUAACCGUGAGAUUUAUUUUAAACCACUCUUGUUAUUUUGCUAUUGCUUUUCUAUUGCUACUUGCCUGUUGCCUCGUCUCUCUCUACUCUAUUAUCGUGUCGUGUGCGCUUCUCAGAGAAACAUAUGCAUGCGUUUUGCAUUUUUAUAUCGUGUGCUUUCAUUUAGUUUCGUGACGUUAUUUCAUAGUGCGGUCAUUUUUAUUUAUUUGAUAAAGAUUUAAAUUGUUUACGUUUUUGGCUGUGACUUUGACGAUUUGAAAAUGGAUUCAUUAAAUGAUAACCCUGUAAUAAUUUGUAAAGAAUUUAAAAGAAACUUGAUAAGAAAAAUUAAAGAAAAUCCUUGUAUUUGGACGAAUAAAAAUAAAUGUGAAACAGAAAGUGAUUGUGUUGCCAGUGCUGAGAGAGACGAAGCGUGGAGAAAAAUUGAGAGGGAACUAGGUUCGAAUUAUUGUUCAUUAGAUAAAAUUAAAGAAACAUGGUCAGUUUUAGAAAAAAGGUAUUUCAGACUAAUUUUCUUAAGAACUAUCGAACGAAAUUUCGAACAACCGUCAUGGUUGUUUUUUCAUGAGAUGAUGUUUUUGUACGACCAUGUUAAAGAAACUAUACAAAAUAUGCUUGGAGGUAUUUCACCGCCAUUAUUUAAACCGAAUCCAAAUGCAGUCACACCGCAGAGACUUAGGUGUCCAUGUUGUAUUUAUAUUGCGGCGGAUAUAGAUUCUGAUCCUGAUAUAACAUUUUUAGAAAUCAAAGAAGAAAAAGAGUUUGAAAGCGACAAUAAUUUCACGACGGAAGAAUCGCUUGAAAAUUACCCAGAAACUGUAAAGGACUUAAUGGACUCUGAAAUUGUUCGCUCUAUUAAAGACGGUGAAAAUCAAUCUUGCAUUAUGAAAAAUUCGCUAGUGCCUCAACAAAAUCAAAUUACAAAUUUUUCAGUUGGGACACCUAGUCAAGAUUUCAUAAGAAAUAAGACGUUUCAAGUCAGCAAUGAACUUCCACACGUGCAGGUCGCACCAACAACUUUUGAAAACUCGACAGGCAACCGACCUUCAGAAGAUACAUUUUUGCCAAUACGUCAAAACCAUCCCAUGGAAGUGAUUGAUUUAGAAAAACCUGAUAAUCCUAAUGUGUUCAAACAUUUGACACCUUCUUUGGUCACAAACAAAAGUUCGGAAGAUCAAAGCAAAAACUUUGAAGAGCAAAGAAGCCAAUUAAAUGACAAGUUACGUAAUGUUUUGACCCUUGAUCAAAAUUCUAACGAAUCGCUGGUCAACCAAAGUGUAAUAUCAGUAAAACUUAGAGAUGUAACAUGGUCACAAACUAUUCAAGCCAUCAAGGCUAAUCCUGCCACCUAUCUCCUAUAUACCUACACCAACAGAAAGGAAUACACUGACGCAUGGAAGAAGACAGCUGAGCAAUUGGGUAAUGUUUCACUUGGUUCUCUAAAAAAGCGCUGGAAGAGUAUAAAAACUUAUUAUCUUAAAGAAUUGAUGAUAGAGCAUUAUGCCAAUGGUAAGACGAAGUCAAACUGGAAACACUUCGAUGAAUUGGAAUUUUUACGACCUCAUAUGCAACAAAAUAUCGAGGACGUACAUCGUACACGAGUUCAAAUACAGAAUUUUAUAUCAAAUAAAACUGGAGAAUCCAUCAAAGAUGUCGAGUGCUCUUUAAAACUAUCUGCAGUUGGUAUCAAUGAUAACAAAAUAGGUUAUGUAAGUUAUAUUAGAGAAUUUGUCAACUAUGCGAUCACGUUCAAUGUUCAAAAACAAAGAUCUGCAUCUGAUAUGAACGAAAAUACAAAUGUUUUUAUCUCCUAUCAAAGCCUGCCAGCAAAUAUUCCAUUCGGAACAGAAUGCAAACAGCCCAAGCUGAAUACCAGUUCCGUUUUCUUAGAUCCAAAAACAUUACCUUUGCUCAAGAACCGACCGGUUACUGUCUCUGCGGUAGAAGCUUUUCAGAAUCGUGAUCUCAAUGAAAAUGUAACAGCUCCACCUCCAGCCAAAAAAUUACGAAAAAGCACAGAUUCUGAAAGAAACACUGAAAACGAGUUCGGAAUUUCUAGAAAUCAGACUUUGCAACAUAUGCCUGACCUGCCAACAGAACAACGUAAUAAGUUGUCUAAUUUAACUGCGGGUCAAACGGCUGUCACCUCUAUAGCUAAUUUGACUGCAGAACAAUCUUUCAUGACCUAUAAACCGGGUUUGACUACAACACAACCUAUUGUUACAAAUGCCUUGCCAAAUUUUACUACAGCACAACCUUUUAUAACUUCUAAGGAGAGUUUGAUCACAUCACAAACUUCUAUAACCUCCCAGCCGAGUUUGAUCACAGCGCCAUCUUCUUUCACUGCAGUACAACCUCGCAAAAGCGUUACGUCUAAUUUUACUACUGUACCGACUGUCAAAACCGCUGCCUCUAAUUUUGCUACAUCGCUACCUGUCAUGACCCCUAAAUCGUGUUUGCCCACAGUUCAAACUGUAACAACCCUUAAGCCAGGUGUUACUUCGCUAAAACCGGUCGGAACUAAAGUUCAAACUGCUAAGCCAAACAUCUUGAAGGAAAAAGCACCUCAAAAUGUUAUGCCAACUUUGGACCUUACACUCGAUGAUAAUGUUCCGAUAAUCCAAAAUCGUGCCUUGAAUAAAAUUGACACUGCUACCAAUAGGACAGAUUUGAACGAUGAUUGUGUCUACACGUGUAAAGAAUUUCCAUCUUUAGACCUUACGACAGAUGAAGUUAUGGAUGAUGGUCACAAUGAAAGCAGAGAAGGGAAAGACAUUCCCGUAAAAAAUAAGAACGAUUGCAACAAUGUGGUAUGCCUUGAUGAUGACAAUGAUUCUGUGGGAUCAUAUGAAGAGGUUAUUGUUUACUUAUCUAAUGAUAUGUAAACCUUUUUGAAAAUAAAAGCAUGUAAAUACCGUU